UCCAUCACUUUUUUUCCAAGAUCCUAAAACCAACUUGUUACCUAGUUUUCCUCUUUCUUUAACCUUCCAUUUUUUAACCCUCCCCUUCCCCUUCUUCUUAAUCUCACUCCUCAAGCAAAGAAUGCAAAUCCCAUUCAUUCCUACAUCACCUUCAACUUUUCAUUCACAAAUCUCUCAAUUCACUAUAUUCAUCAAAGCAUGAAUCUUUUCCCAAUUCUUAAGCCUUAUAAAUACUCCUCCAUCAACUCUUCUUCAUCUUCAUCAAGACAAUCACCAUGAAGAUGAUGAUGAUGAUGAUGAUAAAGAAGAAGAAGAACACCUUCAACACCAUGAACACCAUGAUCACCAUGCACAUCAUCACCAUCACCUACAUUCUCCUCUUCUCCUUCACCACAGCAGUCCUAAACUCCACUCACACAGACCCAGACUUCAUUGUUCAAGAACUCCAAAGGAAGGUGAACGACUCCAACCGGCGCGCGCUCCUCGACCCCUGCCUCACCGGCAACCCCAUCGACGACUGCUGGCGCUGCACGGGCACGGACUGGCGCGCCGACAGGCAACGCCUUGCCGACUGUGGCAUCGGCUUUGGGCGCGCCGCUCUCGGUGGCAAAUCCGGCCAGUUCUAUGUCGUCACUGACUCCUCCGACCCCGACCCUGUCAACCCCCCACCGGGCACUCUCCGGUACGGCGUCAUCCAAGACGUCCCUCUCUGGAUCACCUUCGCCACCGACAUGACCAUCCGCCUCGCCGAAGAACUCCUCGUCAACAGCUUCAAAACCAUCGACGGCCGCGGCGCCAACAUCCACAUCGCCGGCGGCGCUUGCAUAACUCUCCAAUACAUCUCCAACGUCAUCAUCCACAACAUCCACAUCCACCACUGCGUCCCCGCCGGCCACUCCAACGUCCGAUCAUCCCCAACCCACUACAGCUACAGAACACUAUCAGACGGCGACGGAAUCUCAAUCUACAGCGCAAGGGAGAUCUGGAUCGAUCACUGCUCCUUGUCCUACUGCACCGACGGGUUGAUCGACGCCAUCAUGGGAUCGACGGCGAUCACAAUCUCAAACAGCUACUUCUCACACCAUGACAAGGUGAUGCUUUUAGGGCACAAUGAUGCGUACAUGGCGGAUUCAGGGAUGCAGGUGACGAUCGCCUUCAACCACUUCGGAGAAGAGCUGGUGCAGAGGAUGCCGAGGUGCCGGCGAGGGUACAUCCACGUCGUGAACAAUGACUUCACGAGGUGGGAGAUGUACGCCAUUGGAGGCAGUGCCAAUCCCACCAUUAACAGCCAAGGAAAUCGCUACACAGCUCCGUUUGAUCCCAAUGCUAAAGAGGUGACUAAGAGAGUGGACACAGAUGAAAGUGAAUGGGCAGCAUGGAAUUGGAAAACAGAAGGAGAUAUAAUGGUUAACGGCGCUUUCUUUGUGCCGUCCGGAGAGGGACGUGAGAUAUAUGCUAAGGCAACUAGCAUCGAGCCUAGGUCCGCUAUGUUCAUCGAUCAGUUGACCCGAAACGCUGGUGUCAUGUCUCCAAAUGGGGACACGAAUAAGGGAGUCGCAUAUUCUGGCACCAAUUAUAAUGGCCCUGGUGUCACGUCUGGCGGUGGCAAUGGGGCCGGCGGUGGAGGAGGAGAUGCAUAUGGAUAUUUCGGCAUGGUUUAUGGAAGUAAUACGUCAUCAUUAUCUCAAACACGAACUUUGUAUUGUUAUUUAACUGUAUUCUUAGUGUCAUUUUUAUUGUUAUAUUUUUUAUAGAAUGUGACUGGAAAAAGUUUAAUUAGG